CGGGGCGGGGGGGGGGGGGGGGCGAGCGGGCGGCGCCAUCGCGGUUCCCCGCGCGGCGGCGCCGUGGUGCGCGCGGCGGCCCGACAUGGCGGCGCGCGGCAGGUAGCGGCGGGGCGCGGCGCGGGCGGGGGCCGGGGCCGCCCACCAGCGGCACCAUGCACUUCUCCAUCCCCGAGACCGAGACCCGCACCGGCGACGGCGGCGCCGCCUACGUGGCCUACAACAUCCACGUGAACGGCGUGUUGCACUGCCGCGUGCGCUACAGCCAGCUGCUGGGGCUGCACGAGCAGCUGAGGAAGGAGUAUGGCGCUAACGUGGUACCAGCCUUUCCUCCGAAGAAGAUCUUCACCCUCACCCUGGCGGAGGUGGAGCAACGACGGGAGCAGCUGGAGAAGUACAUGCAGGCGGUGCGGCAGGACCCCACGCUGGGAGGCAGCGAGAUCUUCAACAGCUUCCUGCGCAAGGCCCAGCAGGAGACGCAGCAGAUCCCCACGGAGGAGGUGGUGCUGGAAGUGCUGCUCUCCAACGGCCAGAAGGUCAAGGUCACCAUCCUCACCUCGGACCAGACGGAGGAUGUCCUUGAGGCCGUGGCCUCCAAGCUCGACCUGCCCGAUGACCUGGUUGGCUACUUCAGCCUCUUCCUGGUGAGAGAGACUAAGGACGGAGCUUUCUCCUUCGUGCGGAAGCUGCAGGAGUUCGAGCUGCCGUACGUGUCCGUCACCAGCCUGCACAACCCCGAGUUCAGGAUCAUUCUGCGCAAGAGUUACUGGGACUCCUCCUACGACGACGACGUGAUGGAGCAUCGCGUGGGGCUGAACCUGCUGUACGCCCAGACGGUGUCAGACAUCGAGCACGGGUGGAUCCUCGUCAACAAGGAGCAGCACCGGCAGCUCAAGUCCCUGCAGGAAAAGGUCUCCAAGAAGGAGUUCGUGCGCCUGGCGCAGACCCUGAAGUACUACGGCUAUCUCAAGUUCGACCCCUGCGUCACCGACUUCCCCGAAAAGGGGUGCCACGUCGUCGUCAGCGCCGGCAACAACGAACUCAACUUCCAGGUGCGGCUGCCGAGCGAGCAAAUCAAGGAGGGCAGCUUCAAGGUCACGCGCAUGCGGUGCUGGCGGGUCACGUCCUCGGUACCGAUGAGCAACGGUCCCUCAGGGAGCAGCCCCGGGAAGUCGGAGGUGAAGCUGGAGCUGGCUUUUGAGUAUCUCAUGAGCAAGGACCGGCUGCAGUGGGUCACCAUCACCAGCCCGCAGGCCAUCAUGCUGAGCAUCUGUCUGCAGUCCAUGGUGGACGAGCUGAUGGUGAAGAAAUCCGGAGGCAGCAUCCGCAAGAUGUUUCGCCGGCGGGUGAACGGGGCCCUGCGGCGCUCCGACAGCCAGCAAGCUGUGAAAUCGCCGCCGCUGCUGGACUCGCCCGACGCCUCCCGGGAGCCGGUGGUCAAACUCUCGAGCAAGCUCACCUCGGUCAGCCUACGCGGCAUCAGCCACUCCAGCUCCGCUAACGACGUGGGCGCUAACGACUUCCACGGCAACUACGCCUUUGAGGGCAUCGGCGACGAAGACCUGUAGUCGCUCCCCUCCCCAUGGACAGCACUGGCCCGAGGGCCCAGGGCCUUCGCUGAGGAAUGUACAACCUGCAGCCGGGUUGCGAUCGACGUGCCUCUCACCCGCUCCCAUCCGCCUCCCCGCUCCCCGGGGGCUGGGGAGCUCCCCCCACCGCCAGCGCCUUCAGCCUGGGGGCCGCCGACGCCUCCAGCGCGGGGGGCUCGGUCCCCGAGCGGCACCAGCCUGCCUGAGCGGGGGGCCCCGGCCGAGCCCCGGAGCCUGGCCCGGCUCGGGAGGGCGCGGAGCUGCCCCCCGCCCACCCCGGAGGGCUCGGCCCGGUGCCAGGCCCGGCCCGUGGCUCGCCCCUCGCGCCAGCCGCCCCACGGGGGCUGGGGGCGGCAGCCCGGCGGCCCCGAGCGGCCCCCGUGAGGCUCCAUAAUGCCAAAUUAGCGUUUAGGUCUCUGCUCCGAGACAGACUGCGUUAAACUGUCUGCAGCGGGGCUCUGCGCAGAGCCCUCUCUAACCUGCUCCUAGACUCCAGCGUAAUUUAGGCUUGUAACCACGUAUCUCUUGCUGCUCAGAUGGACCAGAGCAUUAACGGACAGUAACCGAUGUUUACACACUGCAAUGAUGAUUAAAACGGAUUCUGAUUGGUA